UGUGCGUGUGUGUGUGUGUGUGUGUGUGUGUGUGUGAGGGUGGAGACUGGAGGCUGGAGGGGUGGGGAGAGAAACCAUAGGUGUGCUGAGUGUGCGUCUCAUCUAAUCGAGCCACGGAGUGUGUUAUCCUCCCGUCAUCUCCGGCGGGGUGGUCAGUGCUGCUCGUUGCGGUUCUGCGCGGCGCGGCGCGGUGCGGUGCGGUGCGGGGUGACGUCCAGGAGAAGUAGACGCGGAUAUUGUGAGUCUAAUUGGGGAGUUUGUUGUCCCUGCUGAGUGGCUGAAAGCGAUCAGAGCAGAGAGAGAGGUCCGCGUUGAGAGAAUCAUAAAGAGGAGGUGAAAGUUUGUUCUGCAGCUCAUGGCUUUUGUUUCCGCGGACAUCACGAGUGAUGGAGUGACACCUGGAGAGAGGAUGAUGGACACUUUGGCACCCCCCCGCACCCCGCACGAGGCGCGGUGCUGACCCAGCCCCCUGGACGCUCAUCACUCAUUUGUUUAGAAGCGGCAGGAAAAUCCUCCUCUGAUCGUUUUCUUUUACAAACAGCUGAGAGAUGGUGCCGACGUGCGCACUCAUCACGUUCCCGUUCAGCAGCGCGUCUUAAAGAGCUUCGUUCUUCAUCCAGGGUCACUCUGAGCUCGGAACUUGUUGAACGGACUUAACGGACAGGGAGGCGUUCAGGACAUAGCCGCUUGGCCGAGCAGGACCAUGACUGACAGCACGGAGAGCUGAGGAGACCUGUCAAUCAUCUUCCUAUCAGCGUGUCAGAGGGGCUAUCUCCUGCUCCCCUUCCUCCUCCUCCUCCUCCUCCCUCCGUCUUCUCCUCUUAUCUUCUCAAUGGGCUGCUGACCCCGCAGACUCUCCACAAACCUGAAACAGGCAGAAAAACAGCUUUCAAACGGAGCGGCUCCACCUGAGGGGAGUCUGGCAUGCCUCCCCCCUCCAGCUGAGUGAGAGGACCAAGAAGAAGAAGAAGAAGAAGAGGGAUCCCGUGUUCGUACCCCUUCAGGAGGAGCAGUCAUGCGUUUCCAGUUUGCGUUGACGCUGCAGGCGCUGUGGACCGCUGUGUGCCAGGCGGCCAUGCAGCACUACCCUGCAGCGUGGGGUCACUAUGAUGUGUGCAAGUCCCAGGUGUACUCAGACGAAGGCCUGACCUGGGACUACAUGGCCUGCCAGCCGGAGGCAGCAGAUAUGACCCAGUACCUGAAGGUCACUCUGGACCCCCCCAACAUCACCUGUGGAGACCCUCCGGAGACGUACUGUGCCCUGGAGAACCCGUACAUGUGUAAUAACGAAUGUGACGCCACCACAGAAGAACUGGCCCACCCUCCAGAGCUCAUGUUUGACAUCGAGGGUCGUAACCCCACGACCUUCUGGCAGUCCACAUCCUGGAAGAAGUACCCGAAGGCUCUGCUGGUCAACAUCACGCUGUCCUGGAACAAGACCAUCGAGCUGACGGACGACAUCGUCCUCACCUUCGAGUCCGGCCGGCCCGAGCAGAUGGUUCUGGAGAAGUCUCUGGAUUACGGACGAAGCUGGCAGCCGUACCAGUUCUACGCCACGGACUGCCUGGACGCCUUCACCAUGGAGCCCAAGACAGUCCAUGACCUGACCCAGCACACCCUGCUGGACAUCAUCUGCACCGAGGACUACUCUCGAGGCUACGUGUGGAAGUACGAUAAAACUGUUCGCUUUGAGAUCAAGGACCGCUUUGCUCUGUUCGCCGGACCCCGCCUCCACAACAUGGCUUCACUUUAUGGUCAGCUGGACACGACCAAGAACCUGAGGGACUUCUUCACCAUCACAGACCUGAGGAUCCGCCUCCUGAGGCCCGCCACAGGAGCUACGAUGGUGGACGAGAACAACCUGUCCAGAUACUUCUACGCCAUCUCUGACAUCAAAGUCCAGGGCAGGUGCAAGUGCAACCUUCACGCCAACAGCUGUGUGUUCGACAAAGAGAAGCUGAGCUGUGAGUGUGAACACAACACCACGGGGCCCGACUGCGGCCGCUGCAAGAGGAACUACCAGGGACGAGCAUGGAGCGCCGGCUCCUACCUGCCCAUCCCCAAGGGCACGGCCAAUACCUGUAUCCCUAAUAACAUUGGUCCAGUUAACUGCGAAUGCUUCGGCCACUCCAACCGAUGCAGCUACAUCGAGCUGCUAAACACCGUCAUUUGCGUGAGCUGUAAGCACAACACUAGGGGGCAGCACUGCCAGCUAUGCAAGCUGGGCUUCUACCGAAAUGCCUCUGCAGAACUGGACGAUGAAAAUGUUUGCAUAGAGUGUAAUUGUAAUCCCUUUGGCUCAGUCAGUGAUCGCUGUAAUGGCACAGGAUUUUGUAUAUGUAAGGAGGGCACUACAGGGCCCAAGUGUCAGGAGUGUCUACCCGGAUAUUUGUGGGACGAUGGCUGCAAAUCCCGGGUGUGUGACAAUGAGCUCCUUCGUUGCCAAAAUGGCGGCGUGUGUGUGAACAACGUCCGCUGUAAUUGUCCCUCCACCUACACGGGCGUGCUGUGUGAGAAGUCCCGCUGUGAGUCAGAGCUGGGGGGCUGCGGGGGGGCUGACUCAGGCCACGCCCCCAUGACUCCACCCUCCUCCCCCCGGCUGCUGCUGCUGCUGCUGCUGCUGGGCUCUGCGCUGCUGAGAGCGGCCUCCUGCUGAACGGACCAGGACCUGGCGGGAGACAUGACCCCGCCCACCUCCUCCACCUUUACCUCCCCCCUCCCCCACUGAAGUACCCAUCAAACCUGAACAUGAGCUUUGAGGACUGAACCGAGCUGCUCGCCGCUGUACUCUACAGACACUCGAAAAAGGGAAUGUGCAGACAAAGAGUGCAAAAACUUUAUUUAAUUUAAAGAAUAUAUCAAAUAAAAAAAACAUAUACUUCUAAAAAUGACAGAUAUUAUAAAAAAAGAGCUUAAUAACGAGUAAAAGAGCCCCUCCCCCUCCAAGCCAUACAGGUAUGAGCUCCUUCCACUUUGAGGAGGGAACAUGACAGACUCGCUCACUUCCUCUCUUAUUGCCACGGCAACAACAGCUGCGACCAAUCAGCUCUCCUGCAGCGGCCGCCGAUCUCCCCCUGGGGCGCUUGUGCGAGUUAAAGAUGACUGAAGAGACGCCGCAGACGUCUCAGAGACACACAAACAUUCAGACACACACGGCAUGUUCUUUGCUGUCAGUGCUUUGUGGAUUGAAGGAAAUCUGUCAGACUGCCUCUUUGUGACACAGAACUCCCCUCCCUCUUUCAUCCCCCUCCACAUGUCGACCCCCCCACCUCUCUCUAGCUUCUGUCUCCCCUCUUCAUCCUCCUCCCCUCCCGCCCUCCCUCAUGCUGACACUGACCUGUGCUUUCGUGAACGUUUCUCUGUAAACCCUCGCUGGUUGAAAGAUUCUUCUUUUGUCCGAUGUUAGUGAUGCACAUGUGUAAGAAGCCCCUGCCCCUCCCCCUUCCCCCCACCCCUUCCAGAAAGUUCCUCUGAUUCUUUUUCUAUCUCAGACCAAACACGCUCCCCUCCGUCCAAGGAUAGUCUCCACCUGAGCAGACGAGGAGUGUGUAGAAAACCAUUGGUGUAUUUGCAAGGUCUCUUUGAGGAGCGAGCGCCACAGCGUCAUCGAGUCCUUUUGUAUCUUUGAACUGUGAUAGCAAACAGGCCGCCUUUAAUGUGUCUCCUCCAGACGUCACGUUCUUUUCUUUUCUUCUCUUAUUUGUUGAUCCAACUUUGAGUUGUGCAGUUAUUUCCUUUGUAUUGGCAACGUGCUGGCAUCAAAGAAUCUCAGUUUACAUCAGCAGUAUUAAAGAAGUGUAAUAAACUCCCACCAAAGGACA